GUGCCCUGUAGACUACGCAAAAUAUACAAGUCUUCGUUGUCUCCUCGACCAUAUGAGAAAUUAUUUUCUAAUCCAACAUAACUGACCUUUUUUUUUUCGUCCGUAAAAAAUUGCUCGUCUUUCAUAUGUGCUUCGUUUAUUAGUGGCAGAUUUUAUUUCAUUUUUUGCUCUGCUAGUGUUAUACCGGCAUGGGAAUACAACUUCAACUGCUUUUUUUCCUUUGAUUUUACCCCCCAAGUUUCUUCCACAUGGAACUUGUCUGGGUUGCUGCAAGUGGCUUCUGGGUUUUCUUUGCUGGUAAUUGAUCUUCUGGUCCUAAAGUUAAAUGCUGGGUUUGGCUUACCAUGAAACUAUUUUUGGUGUUGGUCUUACUGGCUUUCUUCUAUGGUUACGGAGUUUCUAAAAGUUUCUCAGCAAGGCCAGAUGUAGUGAGCAUUGGUUCAGUACUUUCAUUUGAUUCUAUCAUUGGUAAAGUUGCAAAAGUUGCUAUAGAAGCUGCAGUGGAAGACGUGAAUACCAACUCAGAUGUUCUUGGAGGAACCAAGCUCAAAUUGACGUUGCAUGAUUGUAAUUUCACUGAAUUAUUAGAAACGAGAAAGGUUAUCCGCUUCAUGGAGACAGAAACUGUAGCUAUAAUUGGACCCCAAUCCUCCGUUACCGCCCAUGUUGUGUCCUAUUUUGCAAAUGAGCUGCAUGUCCCGUUAUUAUCUUUUUCAUCGACAGACCCGACCCUGUCUCCACGUCAGUUUCCAUUUUUAGUAAGGACGUCUCCCAACGAUCUUUUUCAGAUGGCUGCAAUUGCUGACAUCAUAAAUUACUAUGAAUGGAGAGACGUAAUUGCAAUUUAUGUUGAUGAUGAUUAUGGGAGGAACGGUAUAGCUGCCUUAUCUGAUCAGCUGGCUGCUAGGAGCUGUCUGAUUUCUUAUAAAGUACCUUUAAAGUUUACAGCAAACUUAGAUGAGAUAAGAGAUGCCUUGGUUCGGAUGGCUUUAAAAGAGACCCGGGUUCUUGUUGUUCACGCUUAUCCGGAUAGUGGUCUAGACAUAUUUGCUACUGCAAAAUAUUUGGGGAUGAUGGAUGUGGGAUAUGUGUGGCUUGCUACAAAUUGGCUCUCGACUCUCUUGGAUACGUAUGCUUCUGUGUCUUCAGAAGCAACUAAGAAUAUCCAAGGAGUUAUCACAUUGCGUAUGCACAUUGCAGAAUCAAAAUUAAAGAAAGACUUCGUAUCACGGUGGAGCAAUCUGACUAGAAGAGAGGAAAUCCAUGCCUCUAUUGGUUUGAACACAUAUGGUCUAUAUGCCUAUGACACGGUUUGGUUACUUGCUCAUGCCAUCGAUAAUUUUUUUGAGCAGGGGGGAAACAUUUCUUUUUCUUCUGACCCAAAGUUAAAGGAAUUGCUUGGAGGCACACAGAAUCUUAAUGCUUUGAGCAUCUUUAAAGGAGGGAAUCUGUUGCUUGACAGCAUUUUAAAGGCCGAUAUGACAGGUGUAACAGGACCAUUCAGGUUUACUUCAGACAGGAACCUCAUUCUCCCUGCAUUUGAAGUUAUUAAUGUCAUUGGCUCGGGAUCUAGAGUGGUUGGUUAUUGGAAUUUUUCUGGCUUAUCUGUGUUGCCUCCAAAUACACUCUAUACUAAGCGUCUGGACCAUUCUAGUUCUAAUAAGAAGUUACAUCCUAUAAUUUGGCCGGGGCAAACAACAAAGAAACCUCGUGGAUGGGUGUUUCCACACUAUGGGAGGCAUCUGAAAAUUGGUGUCCCAAAUCGAGUGAGUUUCAUGGACUUUGCUUCCUAUGUACCUGGCACUGAUAUGUUCUCAGGAUACUGCAUUGAUGUUUUCACUGCUGCAAUAAACUUACUUGCAUAUGCUCUUCCACAUAAACUGAUCCCCUAUGGGGACGGUCAUAACAACCCAAGUGGCACUGAGCUUAUCCGCUUGAUUACCUCAGGGGUUUUUGAUGCCGCAGUAGGUGACAUUGCAAUAACAACUAAUAGAACAAGGAUGGCAGAUUUUACCCAACCAUUUGUUGAGUCUGGGCUAGUUGUAGUGGCACCAAUUAAGGAGUCUCAUUCUAGUUCUUGGGCUUUUCUCCAGCCAUUUACUUGUACGAUGUGGGUUGUCAUGGGAGUUUUCUUCCUAUUCGUGGGAGUCGUCGUUUGGAUAUUGGAGCAUAGGAUAAACGGCGAUUUUCGUGGACCUCCUAGGGAACAGUUCAUUACCAUUCUAUGGUUUAGCUUCUCCAAUCUCUUUGUUGCCCGCAGAGGAAAAAUUGUAGGCAGUCUUGGACGCUUUGUGUUUAUCCUGUUGCUUUUCGUGGUUUUAAUAAUCAGAUCCAGUUACACUGCUAGCCUAACAUCAAUCCUUACAGUGCAGCAGCUUUCUUCUCCAAUUAAAGGAAUUGGAAGUCUGCUAAAUAGCAAGGACCCUAUUGGUUAUCAGCAGGGUUCCUUUGCUCGAGAUUAUCUGGUUGAAGAACUUGGCAUUCAGGAGUCUAGACUUGUUCCGCUCAAGUUACCAGAAGAUUAUGUUAAAGCUUUAAAGGAUGGUCCCAAAAAUGGUGGUGUAGUCGCUGUAGUUGAUGAGCGCGCGUAUGCAGAAGUCUUUCUUUCAACGCAUUGUGAAUUUAGUAUUGUGGGUAAAGAUUUCACGAAAUAUGGAUGGGGAUUUGCAUUUCAACGGGGCUCCCAACUGGCAGUCGAUAUGUCAACAGCAAUUCUGAAACUGUCAGAGAAUGGCGAGCUCCAACGAAUCCAUGACAAGUGGUUGUUAAAAAGUGCGUGCAGUUUAGAAGGUGCAAAACUCAACGAAGACCGACCUUCAGUCAGGAGCUUUUUAGGCCUCUUUUUGAUAUGCGGAUCAGCAUGCUUGUUUGCUCUGCUCAUAUAUUUUGUAAAAAUGAUACGCGAAAUUAACUGGGGAGGGAUUGCAUUGGAAGUGUUGGCCAAAAUGCAUCGACUGAUUCCAUAAAGCAGACAGAAACACCUUUCCCUUAAAGCGUUAGCCCCCGAUACAACAUUUAAAUUUCUCCCAGUCAGCUUCAAGAAAUCGUUCUCUUUAGUUUUGUUCUUCAGAUUGGAACUGCAUUUACUAUUUUGUAAGAUUAUGUAAAGAAACAAAAUUAAAAUAAAGUGUUAGCAAGGACAGGCUUGUCACUAAUUUUGUGGUGUGGAUUCUUCAUAAUUGUAUCUGAUGAAGUUCUUCAACUCAAUCUCUUCUCUCUCUAA